AGUUAUCAUCUGCAAUCCUCUGAAGUGCAGUGCCUCGUUGGAAAGAAUGAUCUCUUAGGCUGCCUAGAAUCAACAGAGCCGGGUGACAGCGGGUGCCUCUCCAAGUGUACACAGAUACCAAAAUAGGACCUCAGCAGCCCACUAUCGCGGCUCAAGCUAAAUCGAGGUCUAGAUGUCUGAGCUGGUCGAGGGAGUUACACACGUUUGGAACACAACAAACGCGAAUAUUUGAAUGUCUAUGGGAGGGAUACCUGGCGCACAUCCACUAAAAAAGGUGCCAAUGUCAUCAAAAGGUCAGGAAAGUUACACCUAUGAAUUCUGUGACACCACUCACCCAACGGAACUCCUGGACACGCUCCGGGAAUUCUACACCUGCGGACUUUUCACCGACAUAGCGCUCACGUGCGCCUCCGGUCAAGUUUACCGCUGCCACAAAGCCGUCCUGUCCGCGCGCAGUUCUUACUUCCGAGUCAUGUUCACGCUUGACAUGCGGGAACGCUCGAACGAGCUCAUCAACCUGCCUGGUGUAGACGGUGACAUCCUCGACGCUCUCAUCACCUACGUAUACACAUCCAGAGUUACCAUAACCCAAAAUAACGUCCAGAGCCUCCUAGAAGCAUCAGACUUGCUGCAGUUCUCCGCGGUCAAGAGGGCCUGUGAGGAGUUCCUUAUCCGGCUGCUGGAUGUGGACAACUGCCUGGGCAUGCACUCCUUAGCAGAGCUCCACGUGUGCGUGGCCCUGGAGAGGGAGGCGCGCAGGGUGAUGCUCAGCCGCUUUGAGGAGCUCAUCCAACAGGACGAGUUCCUAGAGGCCGACCAGAAGAAGCUCACCACCGUCCUGGCCGCCGAGAACCUCAACGCCUGGCGGGAGGAGCUACUGCUGGAGGCAGUGGUCAGGUGGGUCGCCCAUGACCCAAGGUCUCGCCUGGAUUGCACCCAAGAACUACUCCGCUGUGUUCACCUGGAGCUUGACGAGACACGCUUCGGCGGCGCGCUGGACGCUGGCCACAGGGCCGUGGAGCUGGGCAGCGAGGAAAAACUCCGCGCCCUGAUCCUCCACUCCCUCAAAGCCAGCAGCAAGGGGUUUGCCCUUGGCUGCAAGAAACUAGCCUCCAGUAUGUACAUCGUAGGUGGCUACUACUGGCAUCCACUCUACGAGGUCCACAUAUGGGACCCCAUCUCUGACACCUGGGUUCAGGGCAAAGACAUGCCUGACUAUGGCAGAGAGAGCUACAGCAUCUCACUGCUGGGCCCAAACAUCUAUGUGACUGGAGGCUACAGAACAGAGACCAUAGAGGCCCUGGACACUGUGUGGAUCUACAAUGUGGAUGGCGAUGAGUGGGCAGAGGGCUGCCCCAUGAUCACGCCCAGAUACUACCACUGCUCGGUGACUGUGCGGGGGUGCAUAUAUGCCAUGGGGGGGUACAGGGGUGGGGCCCCUGCACGGGAGGCAGAAUUUUACGAUCCACUGAAAAAGGAAUGGUUCCCAGUGGCAGACAUGAUACAAGGAGUUGGAAAUGCCACAGCUUGUGUUUUGAAUGACCGGAUCUAUGUGACUGGUGGUCACUAUGGCUACAGAGGAACUUGUACAUAUGAAAAAAUUCAGAUGUACAGACCAGACAUCAAUGAAUGGAGCAUUGCAACCAUUUGUCCUCAUCCUGAGUAUGGGCUGUGCUCGGUGUCCCUGGACAACAAGCUGUACCUGGUGGGAGGCCAGACGACCAUCACCGACUGCUACGACCCUGAGCGGGACGAGUGGCGGCAGAUGUCCGUGAUGAAGGAGAGGCGGAUGGAGUGCGGCGCCGCCAUCAUCAACGGCUGUAUCUACGUGACGGGUGGCUACUCGUACUCAAAGGGCACGUACCUGCAGAGCGUCGAGAAGUACGACCCCGAGCUGGACACCUGGGCUAUCGUGGGCAACCUCCCCACUGCCACCAGGUCUCACGGCUGUGUCUGUUUCUAUGGCGUUUAAUACUGGAGUUGGGCAUUCAGUGUUACCUUGUGUGGUGCUCA